GUCCAGAUUCAUUUGAAGCUAAUGCAGAAGGGACUGGACUGAACCCUGGAAACUGAUAUGGAAAGAACAGAAACAAAGAUUAUGGGGCAUCAUGCUCCGUUGUCCGCCCUCUUUUUUGCUUUCUUCACAUGGAAACUCGGCUUCUUUUACUCCCGAAUCUGGCGGCUCCGCUUUGCCUUCGUCUUGAAUCUUCCUCCGGGGGCAUCUCUGCUUGAAGCCCUAGGUUUCAAUUGCUAAUUUGAGAAGAAUUGAUCCCAAAGUCAUGGAAAUUAUCCCAUCUGAUUGCCCCUUUCCAGGCUGUUUAUUCUGUGUCAUGAAAGAAGACAAUCCGAACAAACGAAGAGCUGGCAUCAUCAAAUUCUUCAAAGAUCUUCCUUCACAAGAUGAAGAUGGCCAAGUUCUACCUAUCAGCGGGCUUUGGAACACUGCCAUGGCACAUCCAAAUGAUCCUGAGUUCAUCAACCUGGGAAUAUUUGAAUGCAUGAAUGCCUUGAUUUGGAAGGGCUUGAAGAACCGGCGCUGGCUUUCCCGUGACCAGAACAUAUACAUACCUUACUAUGCUGCUCAUAUUAUUGGAUCUUACACAAUGAACUUGGAAGAGUUUGCCAUUAGUGCUGUGAAUGCUUUAGUUAUUCCUCCAUUGAUUGAACUCUUGAGAGGAAGGCUAACAUGGGUGGAACAAAGGGUAGCAGUUAGAGCUUUGGGGCACUUGGUUACCUAUGCCAGCACUUUUUCUGCUGUUUCAAGCCAUGAGGAGGUUCUUGAGCUUGCCAUACAGCUUGCUUUAAGCUCUUUGGAGAUUGUCUACUCUCAUUUUUACAAGUCUGUGGACAGGAGACCACGGUAUCACUGUGAUCUUCUAACCCGCGGGAUGGGGGGUACGGAGAUGGAAUCAAGGAAGGCUGAGGAAUGGGCGAGUCAGUUGCAGUGCUGGUCACUUCAACUAAUUAACUGCUUUGCAUUUAAGCCUGAGUUCCUCCCAGACAUUUGUAAGCCAGAAUUUUUGGUGAAACUGCCGGGGAUGUGGGGUGGACUUGUUAAUGAGAAUUCACCCGCAGGUAUUGGAUUGUUGAGAACUAUCUGUCAUCAUAAGCUUGGUAGAGGGGCUGUUGUGAGCUGUGCUGGUGUUUUGGAGGCGCUAUGCAAUAUCGCUAGAUCGUCAGAUGACUGGCAAUAUAUGGCAAUUGAAUGUCUCAUUUGGUUACUAAAGGAUCCAUCAACUUGUCAUAAGGUGGUAGAUAUAGCAGCGCCAGCUCUUAUAGAUCUUGCUGAAAUUACCAAGCUUGGUGAUAACCUAAGGCUUGGUGACUCCAUUGUUGAACUCCUUGGAGAAACUGUGCAAACAUGUCAGUCCAUAAACAGACAUGUGAAAGAACAAAUUGAAGAACUUCUGAUCUCCAGGCAGAGAUUAAAAUGGGAGAAGAAUAUGUCCAAGGAGGACCUUCAUAUAAAACAGGCAGCAGCACUUGUUGUCAAGCUGGAAGGAAAUUCUCUAUUUUCUUCAGGAAAGAUUGCUGAGGCUGCCUCUAAGUACUCCGAAGCAUUGGCCUUGUGCCCAAUCAGAUCCAAAAAGGAGAGAGUUGUGCUCUAUAGCAACCGUGCCCAAUGCUAUCUUCUCUUACAGCAGCCCAUGGCAGCCAUAAGUGAUACAACACGAGCAUUAUGCCUUCACAAACCUUUUAAUGGUCAUGCCAAAAGCCUGUGGAGAAGAGCUCAGGCGCAUGACAUGCUUGGAUUAAGCAAAGAGAGCUUGUUGGAUGCUAUUCUAUUCAUCAAUGAGUGUUCUCAGUCCAAAGAUACUGAGCUGUCAAUGAGACAGAACAGAGUUCCAGAUUAUGCCACCAAGUUAUUGAAGAAGCAAAUGAGAGCCGCAUGGCUAUUUCGAGAGGCAGCCAUGAAACAUGGUGGUGUAUAUUCUGAGCAUUAUGAUGGUGAUGCACAAGACGAUGAGGCUGAUUCUGAUUGGGAGACAGCUAGUGAAAGUGAUUUAGGAAAUGACAGAAGGGAAAGUGAAUUCUGAGGGCAGUAGAGAUGAAUAUAUGAUGAGAACUGAAUGAUAUGUUGAUAUGUACUCACAAGUCAUUCAUGCUUCAUAUGUUGAUAUGUACUCACAAGUCAUUCAUGCUUGUGAUAGAAUGAGAUGCCUUCUCAUUUAACGUGUCCUGAACUGUUUGGCAGAUUGUAUUCAUCUUAUGUAUUCAUCUUAUUUAAAUGUUCAAAUUUAUAUAUUUAUAUCUAUAUAUAUAAAUUGAAUUUGGCAUGU